CAAUUUACCUCCAAACCAAACGAUAAUAAUCCCCACCCAUUCAAUGUCGCUCCUCGGCAUCCUCCAGGCCCAAGCUCCCCCGAAGCAAGAUGCCACAUCGACCAUCCAGACGCUAUGCCUGCGCUUGUCCACAAGCACGCUCCUAGAAGACCGGCGCGCCGCGAUAAUGGGCCUGAGGAGCUUCGCCCGGGAGUACAAGGAGACCGUAGCGUCCGGGGGUCUGCGGGGGCUCAUUGGUACUCUGUCGAAAGAUUCGGAGGAUGUGGAUACUAUCAAGGCUGUCCUUGAGACGUUGUUGCUAUUGUUUGUUAAGGAUGAGUUGAAUGUUUGUUCCAGGAAUUAUCAUAUCUCCCCUGUGUGGGGUUUGAGCUAAUGUGUAACCGGAGUGUAGCCGGAAUCGAGUGAGGAUAUUGCACUGUGGCUUACGGAUGAGUUUACUCAGGUUGGCUUUUUUUUUCUUCCCCAGUGUUUAGAAGGAGGGCUAACUGGGUGGAGGUAGAAACAAGAGAAUAUCACAAUUCUUAUUGGACUGUUGCAGGAUUCCGACUUUUACAUUAGGCUUUAUGCGUUGCAGUUGCUCGUCGCGAUAUUGAGCAAUCGGCCAUCUAGAACACAAGAGUGUAUUCUUACUGCCCCCCUUGGGAUCUCGAGAUUGGUUUCUGUACUUGAUGAUAAACGGGAUGCUAUUCGUAAUGGUUAAUCACCUCCUCCCCCCCCGCAAUUUUGAUCUCACAGGCCGCUGAUUCCGCUCCAGAGGUCAUACUCCUAAUAAUUAACCUCUCUAACGGCCAUACGGACAUACAAAAGCUAAUCGCUUUCGAAAACGCCUUUGAGCGAAUGUUCUCCAUAAUAGAGCUGGAAGGCGGCGUCGACGGAGGCAUCAUAGUCCAGGAUUGUCUUCAAUUACUAAACAACCUGCUCUCAUUCAACGUCUCGAACCAGAGCUACUUUAGAGAAAUGGGGUGCGUCCCCCGGUUAGCGAAGCUCUUCCAGUUCGCGCAGGAGCCGGUGCCGUCCUACGCUAAGGAACAGAGGGAUACGAAUAUUGGGCAUGCGAUGAAGGUGUGCAGGUUGUUUGUGGUCCCGGGCGGAUUGGGCGCCACGGCGAAUCAGAAUGCGUUUUUCAGCGCGGGAAUAUUGGACCUUAUGCUGGUUGUUGCGUUUUCCGGGUUUAGUGAUUUCCCGGUUCGCGCGGAGGUUUGAUUUUUCCCUCAGUUGUCUGAUUGGCCUCAUGGUAUGCUGAUGGGAAACAGGCGUUGAGAACAGUCGCGGAUCUCAUUCAUGAGAACUCGCCGCUUCAGGAGAACUUUGCUCAGAUGAAGGUUCAGUACUUGGACCCUACGAUAUUGCCGGAGGUGCAGGCGCAGCAGAAUGAUCCUGACGACUUGUGUUAUGUCAUUGAGGGGUUGUUGGAUCUUGCCUUGUUGAACUCUUCAAUUCAUGCUUUUGACGCUCGAUUGGCGGCAUGCCAGUGCUUGGAGUCGUACUUUGCUGGGAAUGAACCCGUUCGAUUGCACUUCCUGAACCAUGCUAUUAAUUUGCAUGUACAGGGGGACGAGUCCGCGAAUGUUCUUACCUGCUUGAUUAGCCUUGACCAAGACUCCCGGGGCGACCCGUAUAGGGUUUGGCUGGCGAGUGUGAUAUUCUUGCACUUGAUAUAUAAUGAUGAGGAAGCGAAGAACCUGGCCACGUCUUUCAAAGAGGGGGAUGCGGAUGCUGGCGAAGAGGUGGUCACUGUGAUCCAGAGCAUAUCCGCCAACCUCGUCGCUGCACUUGAACAUAACUAUGAUCCGCGGAUAAUCAUUGGGUAUUUGAUGUUGCUCUGCACGUGGUUGUUCGAAGAUUCGCCGGCUGUGGAUGACUUCUUGAACGAGGGUUCGAGCGUGCAGUCGCUUGUGUCUACCGUCAAGCAGUCUAGUAAUUCGAAUCUGUUGAUUCAGGGGCUAUGCGCGUUUUUCUUGGGGAUAUUGUAUGAGUUUAGUCAUAAGGAUUCGCCGCUGCCUAGGUAGAUUCUAUAUAAAUCUACCGUUUGGGGUGUCUAUAGUGCUAAUUUUGUCCAGGGCCACUUUACAUCAAAUUCUGGCAAGCCGAAUGGGGCGCGAUCACUACGUCAAUAAAGUCACUAAGCUCCGAGAAAAUCCACAGGUCCGGGACUUUGAAGUGUUCCGGGAAACCAACCAUCGGAAGAGAAAAAUGGGAUUGCCGGAGGUAUAUUUUGACCACACAUUCAUUGACUUUUUGAAGGACAAUUACAGCCGGAUAUUAAGAGCUAUUGAUAAAGACCCUGGACUGGAGACGCAUAAUACUAUCAGUAAGUGGCCCCACACUAUAAGUGUGCGCAGGUUCUGACCGAAUAGACGGCAUCCCCCACGCCCUCAAUGGAAUCUCCGUCGAACUCGUCGACUCCCUAAAAGCCCAGCUCGAAGAUAAAGACGAAGAAAUGCAAAAACUACAGACAACCCGCCUAACGCUGGAGCAGAAAAUAACCCAAGCACAGCACGAAUCUCAGCGUGCAAAAGAAGCCGCUGCAGUGGAGAUGCAAAAAGCAAACGCGGCAACAGAAAUGCUCCGCCAACAGCACGACGCAGAAUUACGGGCUACUGCACAGAAAGCGAGAUCAGAAGUGAACGGGUUGGAGGGCCAGAUUCAGAGGAUCCGCUGGGAGGCUAGUGAAGCUGCAAGGAAAGCCAAAGAAUGUGGAGAUGGCGAAAUUGCAGUUUUGCGUAGGAGGAUAGCAGAAUUGGAAGCCGCGGUUGAGAAAGGGAAGCUGGAGCGGGCAGGUGAAAUGCAAAGGGUGAAGGCAGAGGGCGAAAAGGCCGUCGAAGAGGUAGCCUCAAAACUACACUCUGCAGAAAAAGAAGCACUGUUCGCCCACGAAAGCCUGCGCACAUCCAAAGAGCACGCGAGAGAGUCCGACCAACUCCUGAAAACAUCCGAGGAAGCUCUCAUGGCAGCAAACGAGCGCAUAACCAGCCUAGAAGAAGACGCCCGCCGCCAAAAAUCCGAAGCCACCACCCUCCAAGAGGCCCUAACAACUGUACAAUCCCGCCUCGAAAAAAGUACUAAACAGCAAACCGCCUCCGAAGCGCGAAUCGGGGACCUCGAAACAACCCUUGCAGCCCUCGAAGCGUCGCUCAAAAAUGAACAAUCCACUCACGCACACAUCCUCCACGAAGCCCAGGGAUCCGCCGCUGCCCUAGAAGUCCGCGUCAAUGGGCUUGAAGUGCAGCUCCGCGAUGCCGAGCACGCGCGUAAGGAGGCGGACGAGGCGGCAAAGCAGAGUGCCGCGGAACUGGAUGACUUGUUUAUUGUGCUGGGGGACCUGGAGGAGAAGAGGGAGGGAGAUAAGGUGUUUUUUCUAUUCCCCCCCCCCCUUUUUUUGAAAUAUAUUGUAGUGGCUAAUGGUUGGGUUCCCUACAUAGAAACGGUUGAAAGAGUUAGGUGUCGAGAUGAGUGAUGAUGAGGAUGAUGGGGAUGACGAUGGCGGCGAUGAAGAGGAGGAAGAGGAAGAGGAGUAGGUGAAUAUAGGUGUAGUAUGAUAUGUAAAUAUGGUGGCUACUAGUCGGUACACUAAUUUGGCGUUUGGAGUUUUUCCUCUUUUUCACCGCCAGUUUUUGUCCUUUCGAGUGAGGGAUUGUGAUGCAUCCACGGUACGUCACUCGCUGGCUAGUUUGAUGGUUGAUGGCUGUGCAACGGAGGUUGAGGCAGCGGGGGGGUGGAUCCGCCACUGUUUCACCGAUGGGUUUUAUACCAGGGCUACAUAAAGCAAUGUGAUUUCGGGAUAUUUACAGUGCGGUGAAAGAAUGAAAGAGAAAGGAAAAAA